ACGUGUGUAGAAGUAUAAAAGAAACGUGUAGUUGGAGUCGACUCUCGAAUAUCGAGCGGGCCCUGGUACCACAGGGUUUGUCUAAGUGCUUCAUAACGCAAGCGCGUCGCAAUCUCGUUCACUGACUAUACGUUUUUUAUUUUGCACAGGCGACCUUUUUCCAUCCCGCUCACAGUCGUGUGGAUUUACAACGGCCUGGAUCAUGCGCACCCGUUAUUAAUAUAUCUCUUGCUCUAACUCACACGUCACUGGUAUUGUGGGAUCCAAGUAAAACAAAGAGAGAGUUACCGAGGAGGAAAGACGGACAUUGCCGGUGGAGAAGAAGGUGUAGGAGGAGGCGAAGGUGGAGGGGCUGCUGGUGGCGGUGGUAGAGGAUGAUUAUGAUGUGGAUGAGGAGAUUGGGGUGUAAGAGACGAGCGACCACCGACACUCGACAGGGGGCGCAAAAGGAACACAGGACUAAAGCUACGGGAGUGAGAAUGGUAACCGUAACAGCGCGGAGAACGGGAACAACUGCGGGUGGUAUGUUCCAGUGUGCAGCGGGCGGGCAUCGCGGCGGCGACGCCGUUCUGCUGCUCCUGUAGAUGGUGUCAAUACACCAGUCGGCGUGUCGAACGUGACAUUAAGCUUUUCGUUCGUUCGUUCGUUCACCAUCAUCAUCAUCAUCAUCAUAAAUAUAAUAACGGGGAGUUACCCCAUUAUCUUUACCUCAACUCUGCUGCAUUAAUACACAAUUAAAAAGUUUAAACGGUUAAACGUUUAUUGUCAUUAUUAUUAUCGUCUCUGUUAAUUUACUGGCAAGUAUUUUAAUUCGAGUUAAUUCAAUUACCAGAGUCAGUAAAUAAAUUUACAAAAAACCGGGUGUUCUUGAGUGUGUCAGUUUAGUGUUGUACGAAAGAACCAGUGCCGCGCCUAUUAGCACCAGAAGAGGAGGAUGCGAGCGCGAGUCGACAUGAGUCUCGGGCCGCCGUGACACAGCUCGAGUUACUUGCUGGAUAACUUAUACAUACAUAUACAUAUAUAUUAUAUAUAUAAAAGUGCAUCUUCGACACAGUGCAUCUGUGUGUGGGUGAGUGCGGUGAGUGUGUGGGUGAUUGUGUGCUCCAGUGAAGAUGCUGUGGCAUCAGUGUAAAUAAUAUAUAUUGAUUAAGUAUAAUCAUAAGUAAUAAUAUAGAUAAAGCGAAUUAAUAGUGGGUGUAAUGGUGAUGUCGUGACUAGUCGGGUGUCGUAAAAGGAAGAGCACCUCGGUGUGCACAAUCACGAGGAGAGUGACAUGAAAAGCAGGAUGAAGGGGUGCCGAGUUUCCCUGGCGCGUAGGACGAUGGUAACUCUGUUGGUGCUGAUAUUGGCGUCAACGUCGUCCACGCGGGCCCACCGUCCUGUGCCCAAUAAUAAUCCAGCGUUACUUCCCAGCUCGGCCUCGCCCGCAGCAACACUACUCGGCUAUGGGUCAAACACCACCAACAUCAGCAGCACUCUUAAUGGACACAUAAACACUGACGUAGACAGUAACCGUGAAACGUACGACGGCUACAAUGCAACGCUACACCAUCGACAUCACUACGUCACGCCGCACAUUGCUGACACCGACAAUACGACAGUUGUAGAAAAAACACCUUUAUUUCCCACAGACUUGUUCACAUUCGAGCAACGACGACGUGGUGCGGUGAUACUACACGUACUGGGUGUUGUUUAUAUGUUUGUAGCUCUUGCGAUCGUCUGCGACGAAUUUUUUGUACCAUCACUGGACGUUAUUAUUGAGAAAUUUGAAAUUGCUGACGAUGUCGCGGGCGCGACAUUCAUGGCAGCCGGUGGUUCUGCACCAGAACUAUUCACCUCCGUGAUAGGUGUGUUCGUUUCCUUUGACGAUGUCGGUAUUGGCACCAUCGUCGGAUCCGCGGUAUUUAAUAUAUUAUUUGUUAUCGGCAUGUGUGCCAUAUUUUCAAAAACAGUACUCUCACUAACGUGGUGGCCGCUCUUCCGCGAUUGCACUUUUUACAGUGUCAGCUUGAUAACACUAAUAUAUUUCUUUCGUGACAACUUUAUACAUUGGUACGAGGCAUUAGUACUGUUCAGCUUCUACCUGGCCUACGUUGGGUUCAUGAAAUUUAAUCGACCAAUGGAGAAGCUGGUCAAGAGGAUAUUGUACAGAAAUAAAGUAACCCGAGUCAGGUCGACUGACCAGCUGAUGCCAUCGCACCAGAGCGCUGCCCAGGCAUUGCAGCAUCCAAAUGCAACGAAUAGCAGUGAAACGAGUGUGGGUGGGACAUCAGGUGCCUGUGGCAGCAGUGGUGCUGCGAUAAAUGCCGAUGCUGGAUGCAGCAGCAGUCGUGGAGGCAGCAGCAGUGGCCAAGGCUGCGAGCAGUCAUCAUCUCAUCCAGGUGCUCGACACUCAUCACGCGAGAGUCACGCCAAGUUUAGGCACGGCCUAUUACAACUAAUGAUCCACACAAUUGAUCCGCUCCACGACGGUCAGUCUCGCGCCGGCAAAGUGGACGAGAAGGCAACGCAGUUGCACGCAAUAGCCUCAUUAAAAGUCCUGUUGGACGCAACUAAACCUCAGAAUGGAGCUGCGACGUCAACUUCUGCCCAAUACUCAGGUGUCUCCAAAGAGACGGCACUUCAGCUUCAGCAGGGGUCGCAAGGUACGACAACAACAACAACCACAACAACAACUGCUGGCACCACUGCCGGUAUCCAGGAACUUCCUAAUGGCGGAAUAGCUGCUGGUAUUGAUGCUGGUCUUGAAUCGGGUGAAGAAGAUGAACCACCAGAAGCUCUAGACAUGACGUGGCCCACUAGCCCAAAAAAGAGACUAACGUAUAUUCUAGUUGCCCCUAUUUUAUUUCCUCUCUGGCUUACUCUGCCCGACACGCGAACUCCGAGAGGAAAAAAAUUCUUCGCGGUGACAUUCAUCGGAUCGAUUAUCUGGAUAGCAGCAUACUCGUACCUGAUGGUCUGGUGGGCAAACGUUACCGGGGACACAAUAUUAAUACCGCCCGAAGUAAUGGGUCUUACAUUCCUGGCAGCAGGGACCAGUAUUCCUGAUCUUAUAACCAGCGUAAUAGUUGCACGUAAGGGUUUUGGUGACAUGGCAGUAUCUAGCUCCGUCGGCAGUAAUAUAUUCGACGUGACAGUUGGGCUUCCGGUCCCGUGGCUUCUGUACGGUUUGAUUUAUGGCAAACCGGUGGAGGUUAAUUCCGUCGGGAUGGUCUGCAGUAUCGCCAUACUAUUCUGCAUGUUGCUGUUUGUAAUAAUGAGCAUCGCUUGUUUCAAAUGGCGAAUGAAUCGCGGUCUCGGAUUCACAAUGUUCCUGCUCUACUUUGUUUUUGUAACCGUAUCGCUUAUGUUCGAGUACGAGAUUCUCGUGUGUCCUGUUUAGGAACAGUUUAAACCGAGCGAGCCAUACAUCAACGACAAAUACAAUAAUCAUGAUAUUUAUAUUUAUAUAAAUAUUAAUAUUGAUAACAAUAAUAGUAGCGACGUUAUUACGAGGAAAGGAAAAAGAAGAGGAAUAAAAAUAACAAGAUUUACAGCAAUUUGCUGACUCACCGACUGAUCAGUAGACGACAAUUACACCUUAAAUGCAAACGCACUUGUCCACCGGAGCCAUCAUCGAUUUGUUAUUAAAUGAGGUCUGUAAAUAUGUAUAAAACCUUGGAAACUGUCCUUGUCAUAGUCUUUUUAUCUAGUAUAAAUCGCCACUUAACUGUAUAACAACGUCAGUAUAAAGUAUAUACAUAAAUAUUGUUAUUUUAUUAGACUAUAUUUUUAAAAAAACUAAAGAUAUAGUAAUAAAAUAUUUUAUUUACGUUUAUUUCGUCAAGACACUCGUUGGCUAUUUUAAGAACUUGAUAACAGAGCUUCUUACGCCUACCUCGUAGCCCGCGAGGUUAUUAUAGUUGAUAGGAUUAAAUUUUUCGCAAUUUUGUAUUACGUAAUGAUAUAAUAUAUAUAAAUAAAUAAAUAAAUAUAAAGAAAAAUAUAUAAUAAAUCGAUUAGACGAUAAUUCGGAGGAACUUAGUAAUAGAAAUAGUCUACGGCGAUGAAGCAAUCGGGUUCUCUUAAAGUGUCGAAUUAAUUACUCUAAAUAUAUUUAUUUGUUACUAUUCAUUUAUUUAAAUUAUCACCGUCUCUUGUAAUUAAUUACAUUCGUUUUAAAGAGUUAUUGUAGCGUUCAGUUACUGAGUAACUCAUUUGCUCGUUGCGUAAAAAAAAAAAAUGUUUAUCUAUAUCAUGGCGUUUAAAUAAUAUUUUUAAGUACUGGGAAAAAUGUCAGAUUAUUAAGCGCCUAAUUGCGGCCUAGUUUAUAAAAUUGACAUCAAAUUGAAUCCGAGUUAAUUUCGAAAAUUAAUUUAAAAAUAUAUCAAGUCCAAGUGGAGACGUUUUUAAAUUUAAUCUUUCAUUUUAUUUCUAUAUAUAAAUUAUUUAUAAUUAAUCAAAUUGUUAUAUAUUUUAUUUAUUUAAAUAUAUGAUGAGAAUGUGUCUUAAAAAAUAUAUCUAUUAUAUACUGACGUUAUUAUAAAUACUGAGCGCAUUAAUUUAAGAUAUUUUUUUUUUUAUAUAUUUAUAUAUACAUAUAUGUAUUAUAUAUGUAUAUGAAUAUAUAUGAAAAACAAUUAAAUGUAAAACUAUGUUGAAUAUUUAAUGUUUGUAGUGGAGGAAUAUUGAUAGAGCAAUUGCAAAUAUCAUAUAUUUAUAUAUAUAUAUACAUAUAUAUAUGAGUAAAAUGAUAUGAGAGGUUGAAGAUCGUGAUCAUACGAUAGAUUUGGGUGUACAGAGAAAAUUGUAAUGUCGGUGGGUUCUCGAAAUAAAAUUCGUACUGUAAUAAAGAGCGAUCGAUUUUGCGGUAUUGAGUUUUUAGUUUUUGUUAUUUAUAUUUUUUAUUCUUAUAUUUAUUUAACGUUUUUUUUUCACCACAACACGCUUGUAAAUCGAUCGCUGGAAUAUGGAGUACGAUGGCGGUAACGUUACUCGGUACGGUAGUUAUCUAGGUGUAAAAUAAAUAAAAUAAAAUAUUUAAAAACAAUAUAAAUAAAUAAAUGAAAAUAAUUAUAAAAGUAAACAUUAAUAUAAUAAUAAUAUAUAUAAAAAUUAGUUUAUUAUGCACAAUACGAUCUUCCCGAAGUAUAUCGAUCCGCGAAUAAUAAAUGGCGACGCCCCAUUGCGAAAUUAGAGCUUAGUAAAUAGAUGAAAUUUAAGUAAAUAUUUAAAAUAAAUAUACCGUGACAGAUUCAUAUAUUUUAUUUUUUUUUCGUUCGUUCGUUUUAUUGUAUUUGUUUUAAUUGACAAAUAUAAUAAAUAAUAAAAAAAAGUUUAAUAAAUAAAAAAAUAAAUAAACAGUGAUGUGAUUACAGCUCACAGCCUGCGUGUUUUACAUCGCGUGACCUUUUUACUUUCACUCCUUACUGUAUUAAUAAUAAACCCUCCGUGAUUCUCAAGCUCAUUUUAUCAUGAUAAUCUGAUUUUUAAAAUUAUUACUUUUUUAAUUAUCAAAUUCAAUGUCAAUUUAAAUUAUUAUUACCAAGUUCCCCAUUAAUUUAUAUCUUAUAUACUAUAUUUACAUAUAUAUAUAUAUAAUUUUAAAUUAUUAUAUUAAAGCGUGAGUUGUAAUUACAGUACUCGUUUAAAUUUGACAAAAUAAUUAUAAAUUUACUUGUCAAAAAUGAAAUUUUAAAAAAACCGCGUAAAAAAUUUUCCCGAUUGAUUACUAAAUUUUGUGUUCGAUACAUUAAUUAUUACAAAUAAAUAAAAUAAGUUUUGGCCUGUCGAUUUGAAGGACUUAACAACUUGGUAAAGCAAUCUAGCUUAUUUAAAUAAAUAUAACAAUAAAUAAAUAUAUAAAAUCCGCUGAUCGCUGAAUCAAGUUAAGGGUGAGCUGAAAAAAUAAUAAAAUGUUAUAAUUGAAAUAUAACAGUUAUAAAUACAUAUACAUAUAUAUCUAAAGAAUAAACAAAUAGAUAUAUAUGUAUAUAUUUGUCGUAUUAUAAAUGACAAGGCAUGAACGCACAUAUCAGAGAAAGAGACGUUUAAAUUUAGAUACUAUAUAAAUAUAUAUAUAUAUAUAUAUUAUUAUUAUUAUGAAUUAAUUAGUAACGGUAUUAGAUUAGAAAAUUCACUCGUAAUAAGAUCUAGAUCGUUAAAGUUUUUAAGAUUACGAAAAUAACAUUAUAAAUAUAUAUAUAUAAUAAUAUAUAAAUAUAAAUAAUUUAUCAAGCGACAGUGACGCUGGUAUUUAUUAUUAUUAUUAUAAUUAUAGAGACAAAUUAUUAAUCGAUAGGUAGGUCAAUAUAAUUAUUAAAUUUUUCCAUGUAUCGUAUUAAUAAUUAAUAUUAAAAUUUAAGACAGGAUUUAACGAUACUAAAUUGUUAUUAUUAUUAUUAUUAUCAUAAUUGUUUAUUUUAAUUGCAUAUAGAAUUCACCCCGUCCACCGGAGUUUUUAUAGAAGAUUAAAUGCAUCACAAUUGACAAAUAUAUAUAAAUAUAUAAGUGACUCAAAAUAACUGACGAGUUGAAAAAUUUUUGAGGAAAAGUUUGGAGUUGUGUGAAUUUUUUGUUUCAUUGAAAAAUCUGUAGAAAAAUUUUCAGAGGUCAGUCAAAAAUUUUUUAUAUGAAGAAUUGAAUUAAUAUUUUUUUUUCAUGACAAAUUCCAGUAGAAAAAUAAAUGAUUUAUGAAAACGGAAAUUUAAAAAAAUUCCGAGCGACCAUUGAAUAUAAAUAUUGAGGCUUUGAAAAAAAUUAGUGAUCCGGAAAAUAAUGAAAUAAAACAUUUUAUUUUAAAAUUAAAUAAUUCCUUAAAUGGAACAAGACCUUGACAAUAUAUUUAUAACCCAUUGUUCUUACAUCUCGUAUUCUAGUUUUGAUCACAAUUAAGUAAGAUGAUAUUAAAAAAAAAAAGUCUAAAGCUUUAAUGUUAAUAUUUAAAGGUCACGGAAAUAUUGACUACUCGAAAACUUUAAAAGUUUUUUAACAAUCUCCAAAAAUUCAUAUUUUCGGGUAACAGCAUUCAAAUAAUUUAUUUUCUAUGCAAUUAUUUUUUUUGAGCGCGAAAAAAAACUUGAUUUUUAAAUAAUUUUGAUAUUUUUCAAAUUUAAUUGACCUUUGAAAAAUUUUUACUUGAUCACUUCUUUUGUAUUACAGAAUUGAAAAAAGAAGUCAAUUUUUUUGAGCCCCGUCAUACAUAUAUGUACAUAUAUUUAUUUAUUGAUGAUUAAUAAUUAAUACAUAAAUCAAUUGAUUGAUUUUCUGAUUAACAAGAUAAUUAGUUAACACCUGAGUAAAAAUAAAAUUGUCAUGACUUGAAAACCUGACAAUUUUUUAAUUUAAAACUAAAAAAAAAAAAAAUAAAUUACACGAACCAACGAAAUAAAAGUAAAACUAAAGAUAAAGAGAUUAUAGGAGUUUAUAUUUUUUUCAAAUUAUUUGUAAAAUUAAUUUAUAAAAAAAAUUUGGACCAUUUAACUAUAUAUGUUUUAUCGGUAACUAAAACUAGAAGAAGGUUUUUUAAUGAAUUGAAUCUCUCAGCUGUUUUUUCCAAGAUAGAACGAAUUAAAUAAAACAAAAAGUAAAUUCUUUGUGAGAUAUUUCCCAAUCAACGACCACUUCGUAUCCUGUGGAUAAUUAUUAUAAAUUUAACGAGAAAAGUUUUAUUAUUAUUAAUUAAUAACAUCCUGUAUGUUCGAAAUGAUAAAACCGGAACUGCGAGACAGAUUAGAUAAAUAAAUUAUAAAAUAGAAAUUAAAUUAUAAAUAUAUUAAUUAUGCAACAAAACGCAAUCUAAAAAUUUUAAUUAACUAAAUUUUUAAGGCGAUCGCUUUCGGAGUCAGUAUCGAAUUAGUGAUGGAAGCAAUAAUCGCCUUCUGUGCCGAUUAUUUUCAAAUUUAUUAUUUACACAGAAAAAAUGCAUUUUUUGGCGCGAAAAUAUUUUUUUGACCGAAAAUAAAUUUUUUCGCGUCGACAAAAUUUUUCUAGUCAGAAAAUUUUUGUCCACAAUUUAAAUUCAAAAUAUUUUUCGCGCCAAAAUAUUCUUUCUUCCCGUGCAUUAUUUUCAAAUACGUGAUUAAUAUAUCUAUACAUAUAUAUAGAUUGUCACAACUAAUCAAGACUGGUCUUUGAUUAUUCGACUUUGGCAUCGUCGAUAAAUAGAUAAGCGCAGAAUGGAUAGAAAAAUUUUUAAUUAAUUAACAAAAAAAAAAGUAAUUACAUCUUUUUUUUAUAUCGUAAAAAGUAUUAAUAAAACUCGUGCUGCCCUUGUAUUAUCGCAGUCAUUUUUUAACACGGCUGUUAAUUUAUCUGUUACAUAGUUUUUAUUAAUUAUUAUUAUUAUUAUUAAUAAUAAUGACUUAUCCGUUAAUUGAAUUCUUAAAAAAAAAUUAGAUCUUUCAAAAAAUAAAAAUAAUAAGAAACGACUGAUAUCGUUUUCAAUGAAAUGUUUGUACAAAAAAAUAAUAAUUUCAAUAAUUAUUAUUCUCAUAAUUAAUUUAAUUAUUAUUGUUAUUAUUAUGCAUUAAUUAUAUUAAUGAACAAUAAGAGUGAUGCGAUUCAAAAUUAGUAACUGUAUGUAUAUGUACUUUUUUUAUCGCAUUUAUUCACAGCCGUAAUUAAAUCAACGGUAAAUUACUGAUAGCGCUGUUGAAUUUUAUUAUGAAAAUAAAAAAAAAAAAUAAAAAAAAAGUGCAGCAGGAGGAACAAAAAAUGGGAACUAAAAUUAACGUUACUUAAAUUUGAUUAUGAUUAAAAUUAAAUAAAUAGUUCGCGUAAUUCAUGAUACUGGCCCCACUGCGAUUAACUGCGCGAUCGCAGUUUAAAAAAAAAAUAUAUAUAUAUAUAUAAAUAAAUAAACAUAAAGAGUAAAAAAGAAAAAAAAACUUAACAUUUAUUAUAUCCUUAUAUACAAAAUUUUUACGGCAUAUACGAAUACGAUAUAGAGCAGAAAAUUUUAAAUACAUGCGUAGGUUAAUCGUUGUUGUCUACCAUAGUAUAUAUAAAUAUAUAUAUAUAUAUACAUAAAUAUAUGUUAAUAUUUAUUUAUAUAUUAGUUAAUAUAAAUAAUUGACAAUUUAUAAAAAAUAGUGUACUGUUUAAUUUUAAAAUGACUUAGGACGCUAACGAUUGCGAGGGAGAGAGAGAAUGCGGAUGAACGUACGCUCAUAAAUAAUAAUAAUAAUAAUAAUAAAUAAAUAAAAAUAUUAGUUUUAAAAUAAUGAUAAAUAACUUAAUAAAUUAUUUAAAUUACACAACACACAUGUGAGCCGUGCAAAAAAAAUAUAUAUAUAAAUAUAUAUUAAAUUAAUUAUUAGUUACAUUUAUUAUGAAACCCGUGAAAAAACGGAUUAGAUCUACGUAGACCCUGACUAAACAACUGAAUUCGAUCGAAUUAAAUUUUUAAUUCAGAUAAAUUCUGUUAAUUCGGUACGUAACUUAAAAAUGAAUUCUGUCUAAUUCGGCAGGAAAACCAGAAUUUGUCCGAAUUAAAACGAAUUUAAAUAAUUCUAUUCGGUUUAAUUCUGAUGAAUUCGAAAAUAAUUCUUCAAUUUCUGGUUCUGAAUCCGAAUUAAACUGAAUUAAAACGAAUUUGAAAUUUUUAAAUCGGUUUUAUUCUGUUUAAUUCAAAUUCAAAUUUUCAAUUCAGUUGAGUUCUGUUUUGCAGAAUUCGACAGAAUAUAACAGAAUUAAAAUUUUUAAUUCGCUCGAAUUCAGUUGUUUAAUCAGGGUCUGAUUUUUUUUAUUGUGGAGAUCCAAGAUUUCCGUAGAUCUAAAUAGAUCUAACCAGGUCUAUCGUAGACAAACUUUUUUUAUGUGUCAUUGGAUCUAUAUAGAUCUACAUACAUCUAUAUAGAGUUACGUAGAUCUCAUAAUGCAUGAAAAAAUUUAUCUACGUCGACCUUAGAUCAGCUACACUGAAUCUACGUAGAUCUUAUUUGGUCUGUACGGAUCUAAUAAUAUAUGAAAAAGUGUGUCUACGUAGACUGAGAAGAUCUAUAUAGAUCUGCAUAGAUCUAAUAAUGUAUAAAAAAGUUUAUCUACAGCCGAACUCCAUUAGUUUGCGGAUGAGCAAAAAUUUAUUGGAUUUUCCGAGUUAACGGAUGCCCCUUCUCUAUUAAAAAAUAAACUAUGACACAUGCGCUCUUACUUCUACAUGAAUGAUGCAGAUAAAAAUACACACACAUACUAAUGUAUAGCAUUGGGUAGGAGACAACGUAGUUCGUAUCAGGGGUAAAAAUUGAGGAGAAGUUCCGAGAUAAUGGAAUUCGACUAUAGAUCUAAGAUCUACGUAGAUCUCAUUAAUUUUUUCACAGGUUAAUUUAUUAAUUGUUAAUUAAAUUAAAAUUUGUUUAUCUAAAUGUACACAAUAUAUAUCCACAUAUACAUAUACAUUUAUGUUGUACUGUACAUAUCGGUAUGUGUAUAUAUGUUUAUACAUAUCUAUUAUAAUUAUCUAUUGAUUAAUAAAUUAUUAAACUUAACUUAAAGGAAUGAAGUAGAAAAAAAUGGAACUUGACUAUAAUUAAUGACAACUCAGAUGUAAAUCGAUAAGAAUGAUAAUUGUUGAUAAAGAAAAAAUAUAAAUGUGUGUUGUAAGUAUUGCGAAUUGUUAAAAAAAAAAAAAUAAAAAUAAAAAAAAAUAUAAAAACAUAUCCUGUGUAAAGGACAUGUGUUAAUGGAGUUAAAUAAUAUUUAUUAUUAUAUAAAUUAUGUGGCCGUGUUAUGUUUAAUAAAUCUUUUUGAGCGCGGUUCCUCAUGUUAAAUGUUGAAUUAUAAAUAAUGACAUAAAAAAAAAACUAAAUAAAGAAAAAUAAUGAAUAAAUUAUCUACCAAGUCCGUUAACUUAUUUGGUCUGUUGCUAAAUUCUUUGAUAUUUAUUACCAAUUAUAAAUUGUCUAUCAUAUCAUACACAUGUACGCAUUUUUAAAAUAAAUUAAUUAAUUGAUAUUCAUAAUUGAAUAUGUUAAUUGUAAAAGUAUAAUUGCCAGUUGAUAAUAAGAGUAAUUAAAGUAUAACGAUGAAAAAUUUCGUAGACGAAAUUAUGCGCCUUGCUUUUAGUGUUUGACUGAGCGGUGAAAUCACGAUUGUGCUAAUGUACUAUUCGAUUUUUAAAAAUUGCCGGUAAAUAUGUUAAAUAAAUAAAUAUGUGUUUAUUGAUUGAUACUUGAAAAAAAAAUUGACAAUUUCGUCGUUUAAUUAAGUAUGUAUUGGAUUUAUGAAAAUUAUAAAUAAUUUAUAAAAAAACUAUUUAUCGGCUCUGCUUAAAAAAUUAAAUAAGUUCUGCUUUGCACUAAAAUUUUUUUAACAAUUCUGCCUCCGUUUUAAUAAUUUCUUAUUUAUUUUCAUGAAAAUUAUUUUGUGGACAUGAAUAAAAUUUUAUUAUAAUAGUAAAUUACACGAGGGAGGAAAAUAGGACAUUAUAACCCUCGUGUGUAAUUGCACGGUAGCAAACACGUGGGUUGGAACCUCCUACUUUUCUCUGUCUGCAUACGAUUUUUUACCAGAUCUGCGCCCGAAAUUUUAAAUUCUCGCCCUGUUUAAAGGGAAGAAAGUCGUUCUUCGAAGAAAGCUAAUGAUAAAAAUAAGCGCAUGCGCUAUUCUUUUCAAUAAACAGAAGCUAUAGUAAAUUACGCACCAUGAGAGGAAAAUAGGAUAUUACAACCCGGUGGCAAAUACGCAGAUUGGAAUGUCCUAUUUUCCUGCGUGGUGUGUAGACGAUUUUUCACCAGAUCUACUGCUGAAAGUUUGAAUUUUUGCCUCUGUUUCUGGGAAGAAUCGCACAUGCGCUAAUUUUCAUCGUUUACUUUCUUAUAAGAACGAAUUUCUUCCCUCCAAACAAGGCGGGAAAUUAAACUUUCAGGCGCAGAUCUGGUAAAAAAUCGUAUGCAGAUCACGGAGAAAAAUAGGACGGCCGAUCUGCGUGUUUGCUACCAGGCAAUUUUUCACACGGGUUGUAAUGUCUUAUUUUCCUCCCUAGAAGUGUAAUUUACCAUUAAAAUUAAAAAAAAUAAAAUAAAAUUCUAUCUAUUUUCGGUCAUAAAUUAAAAGUCGUAAGUGAACUUAUUGGAUUGUUUAAACAGGUAUCGAUAAAAAAAUAAAAGGUAAAAUCUAUCGACUCUACAAUGUUGAAAGCUAUUUUCAGAAGGUGGUUAUAAAUUAAAGCAGCUUAUUAUAUAUUUACACAUUUUAAAAAUAAAUUUCUUCCUAUAGUUGCUUUACACUAAUUCUAACCAAAUAUAUUUAAUUCGAUCGAUCACUUUCAUAAAUCAUUACCGGUGGCACUAAAUCGCUCGCUAUAAAAUACUGGGAAAUUUGAAUUUAAAUAUAAGGACAAUAUAAAUAUUUGAAACUGAUGAUCGCUAAAAGUUAUCGAUUUUAAAUUUAAAAAAUAAACUAUGAAAUUUAUCAAUUGCUAAAUACUUGGCUUCCAUUUUCUCUUUUCAUGACAUUACUCAACUAUCAUACUUCUAAAAAUUAAAAAACAAAACUAAUAACGCUCUUUAUUAUUAAAAAAAAUAUAAUACAGUCUUCUCGCUUUAUCAAUUACCUGACAUUAGCGUCAAUGAGUGAAUACGUGCGUCAAUAAAUUAUUUAAAAUAAUUAUAAAAAUAAAAAA